UUGUGCCCUUUGCAGCAUCAGUAGCUCAGAUCCUGCCUCCUGCUCUCAGUCGUCGCUGUUCCUGCUUUUUGCUCAGUGUGUGUGUGUGUGUGUUUUUUUUCUCUCUCUCUCUCUCUCUCUCUCUAACGUUGGGAAAACAAGACUACGCACGAGGACCGCGGAUUAACACAAACCAAACUACACGCGCCGUCGUCCAGCGGGUGCAUCCGUGUUUCUUCUGCGGAGGACAGGAUCCAAACAGGUACAGGAGGAAAAAACAGAGUACGAUGUCAGCCAGAGGGGCAAAGAAGAAGGCCACCAAGCUGUCGCGCUCGUCUCGAGCUGGUGUCAUCUUUCCUGUCGGAAGGAUGAUGAGGUACCUGCGCACUGGGACGCACAAAUACCGCAUCGGCAUGGGCGCCCCUGUUUACAUGGCAGCAGUCAUCGAGUACCUGGCAGCUGAGAUCUUGGAGUUGGCAGGAAACGCAGCACGAGACAACAAGAAAAGUAGAAUAACUCCAAGGCACAUCAAGUUAGCAGUAGCUAAUGACGAGGAGCUCAACCAGCUCCUACGAGGCGUCACCAUUUCCAAUGGAGGUGUCCUGCCUCGCAUCCAUCCAGAGCUGCUGUCCAAGAAGAGGGGAAGCCGAGUGAAGGUGGACAGCCAGGCCACGGUGGCCGACAAGCAGGAGGAGGCGUCCAAGAAGAAACGCAGCAAACCCGUCAAAAAGGUCAAAGGCAAACGAGGCCGCAAGCCAAAGAGCACAGACGCAGACAAAGAGUCUGUUUCAAACUCCAACAUGGAGGACGGACCAGGAGAUGGAUUCACCAUCCUGUCUGCAAAGAGCCUCUUCCUCGGACAGAAGCUGUCACUGACAGAGAGUGAGCUGAGCAAACUGGGAUCCAUCAAGGUGGAGGGGAUCAUCAACCCGACCAACGCAGACAUGGACCUCAAAGACGGAGUGGGGAACGCUCUGGAGAAGGCUGGAGGGCGGGAGUUUCUGGACGGAGUAAAGGAGCUGCGGAAAGCACAGGGACCCCUAGAGGUGGCAUCAGUGGCGGUGAGUCAGGCCAAUGGGAUGGCGGCUCGCUUCGUCAUCCACUGUAACAUCCCACAGUGGGGUUCGGACAAGUGUGAGGACCAGCUGGAAAAGACGGUGAAGAACUGCCUCUCAGCAGCCGAGGAGAAGAAACUCAAGUCAGUGGCCUUCCCCUCGCUUCCUGCGGGACGGAAUGGUUUCCCCAAACAGACGGCGGCCCAGCUCAUCCUCAAGGCCAUCUCCAACCAUUUUGUGUCGUCCACCAGCUCGUCUCUGAAAAACAUUUACUUUGUUCUAUUCGACAGCGAGAGCAUCGGUAUCUACCUUCAGGAAAUGGCCAAGCUGGACACCAAGUGAGGAGUGCCCUCUGGUGGUGGUGGUGGGGUGGCAGGGGUGGGCGGGGGGGCGGGUGGGUGUGUUUUUUAACUGUCGUUGUGCAGCUGGUGUCCGUACGUAGAGGAAGAGCCCAUCUGUGAGUGGAGUGACCUUCAUGUUUCUGUUCCUCAAUCCUGCACAAGCAGAUUCUUUAGACUUUAGCUCAUUUCAAACGUACUGUUUGCUGUUCUGGUUCCUCGUUUCACUGAUGUUUUUACAUUCCGUGUACAAAUAGAGCCGCCUUUUUUUUCUUGGUCUCUGUAGUUUCUGAUACACUAUA